GUCAAAUUAUUAAUGCUUUGUGAGUACUUGUAACCUCAAAGUCUAAUGCAGCACAUAUACCUUUUGUCACAACGUGAAGGUCUCAACUGUUUGUUAUCAACAACCAACAGAGGCAAGCACGAACAUGGGAACAUGUAGUAUCUAUAAACCAACCUUCUCUUCUUGUUUGGUUGAGAAACUAAUUAACACAUAGAAAAUUCAAAAAAAUGGGGAACUCGUUCACAUGCAUAUCUCACGAGCAAGAACAACGUCCCAAGAAAUCCUCCGGCGGAGGAAGAAGUAACUCCGGGAAAUACAAAUACGUGCGUCGUCUGUCGCUGAUGCCUUCAUUUAGAAGGCGGACGCUACUUCCUUCGCUCUCCUGCUCUGGAUCAUCAUCCACUACGUCGUCCAAGAAAGGCGGGAUCAAAGCAAAGACGAAGAAGAUAAGAGAGAGACAUCAUCAUCAUCAAGACCACGAAAAAGACUCUCAUAUAAUUCAGGAGCAAACACUAGCAGCCACUAAUCUCCUCUUCAACCAAACCCCUCGUAGCAGCAACUCUGUUGUUCCUCCUAGUUUCAGACGCUCCACCUCCGUUGUCUAUCCCUCGGCUCAGCCAUCGGGUACCAGCUCAGGACCUGUUUUAGCGGUCCAGACUCCUAAGAAGUCAAACGCGGGAUUCGUAAGAAGCUCUAGCUCUAGACAAAGGUCCAGUACCGAUCCCUUGAUCAAGCCUAACCAGCUCGUUGACAAGGAGCUAAAUAAGGUGGAAGGUUCGGAGACGAAGCGGUUCGUGCUGGUUCAUGGUGGUGGAUUCGGAGCAUGGUGUUGGUACAAAACCAUAACGCUCUUAGAGAAACAUGGUUUCCAAGUCGAUGCUGUUGACUUGACCGGUUCAGGUGUGAGCUCUAUUGACACCAACAACAUCACCAGCCUUGCUCACUACUCCAAGCCUCUCCUCCACUUCUUUGAAUCCCUUAAACCCACCGAGAAGGUGAUAUUGGUGGGGCAUGAUUUUGGAGGAGCUUGUAUGUCUUAUGCUAUGGAAAUGUUCCCUACUAAGAUCGCCAAAGCUGUCUUUAUCUCUGCUGCUAUGUUGGCUAAUGGCCAGAGCACUCUUGAUCUCUUUAAUCAACAGGUGGGGUCAAAUGAUCUGAUGCAACAAGCACAGAUCUUUCUGUACGCCAACGGCAAAAAGAAUCCUCCAACUGCCGUUGAUUUCGACAGAUCUUUGCUUAGAGACUUUCUCUUCAAUCAAAGCCCUCCAAAGGACCUCGCAUUGGCCUCGGUAUCCAUUAGACCGAUCCCGUUCGCACCGGUCAGCGAAAAAGUUCACUUGUCGGAGAAAAACUACGGUUCUAUCCGACGGUUCUACAUCAAAACCAUGGAGGAUUACGCUGUACCGGUUCUUCUCCAGGAAGCAAUGAUCAAAUUAAACCCACCGGAACAAGUUUUUCAGCUCAAAGGCUCCGAUCACGCACCGUUCUUCUCUCGGCCUCAAUCCUUGAACCGAAUCCUCGUCGAGAUAUCUCAAAUACCGUUCAAGAAAUCAUCCUAAGGUUAUUGUUUUGCACCAAAAAAAAAAUGUUAAAAAACGUUAUUGAAUUUUUUGUAAACCGGAUGCAAUUAUACCAAACCGGUUAUAGGAUUCCUUUACCUUAUAGAGAUUGUUUUUUGAGAUUGCUGAGUACCAAUUUGGGGCCUUGCUCUUAACUUUUUACUAUUAUUUAAUUUUGUCAUUUAGGUUUGAUAUAUUUGGCUAAUAACAUACUAAUAACCUAUAAUCAUUUUUAA